CUUCGCCCAGCUCCAGAGGGAUCUGUACAUUGCCUGGCUGAAAGUCAGCAUGUAUUUAUAGUAACCCUUCCUGAAGGAAGGCAGACCUGGGACACUGUCAGGGUGGAACUGACAGGUAUUACAAAGGCUUGAAUGUCACUGGGUAGACAACGUCAAAGCUGACCUCACCUGACAAAUACUGUGGGACUGGGACUGUGGAUGCCUUUAUGGCUGUGGGGGGAAGGCAAUCCAUGGGUUUUCAGCAAGGCCUUAGAUUGACAUGCUGGCCUUUGAUCCAAACCAGAGAGUGAUGAGGAUCACUCAGGCAAGAGCUGUAGCUGAUAGAGGAGACCAGUCACAAAGGACGGAGUAUUUCAGUGGCAUGAAGGACAGAGCUGACUUGACAACAGUUUGAGAAAUGUGGAAAACCUGCCCCCUGCAGAAGUCACAGUCCAGUCAGCAGGAAACACUGGAUUCAGGAUCAAUAAUAUUCUAGAGCCUUCUACUUAGUUACCACUCACACCCUGUCAAAUAAGUGGCCAAGAGCCAUUGAGAUUGCCUGACCUGUGCACCUUCUGUCUCAAUUUCUCUGGUUUGCCUCACAAAUACAGUGAUUUCAGAGUGAUGCCACUUACUGUUAUUUAUUGGCACUGAGCACUGGAAGCUCUCACUACUCCUACACUUGCAAUAAAUAAUGCAAAGGUGAGAGAAACUGCAUAGAAUCCCUGGGAGACAGGUGACUAAUUCCUUAGGUGCACGCCUGAUUCCUUCCCCUCACCAUCUGAUAAAACAUCAUUUAUCAUGAGAAUAUUUCUUAAAUCCUGGAUUCCUCAGUGUUUGUGGAUUCUCAAGUCACCUUCCAGAACAUUCCAUGGAAACACCAGGCUUCUUACAUCUCAGAUUACUUCCCAUUAUGAAUCUAUAAACCAGGGUAAAAAGGAACUGCCAGAAUAUUUCAACUUUGCAAGUGAUGUCUUAGAUGAAUGGGCACGACUGGAAAAGGAUGGGAAAAAAACAGCAAAUCCAGCUUUUUGGUGGGUCAGUGAUAAGGGAGAGGAGGUGAAGUGGAGCUUUGAGGAGCUGGGCUCUCUGUCCAGGAAGGCAGCCAAUGUCCUUUCUGAGGCCUGUGGCUUGAGGAGAGGAGACAGAGUUGUAGCAAUUCUGCCUCGUGUGCCUGAGUGGUGGCUCCUGAACGUGGCCUGCAUGCGAGCAGGAAUUGUCCUUAUUCCAGGAACAUCCCAAUUAACAGCCAAAGACAUCUUAUACCGACUGCAGGCUUCAAAGGCCAAGUGCAUCGUUACCAAUGAGACGCUGGCACCUGCAGUGGAAUCUGUCCUGCCUGGCAGCCAGUUCCUGAAAAGUAAACUCCUUGUAGGCCAAGGGAGGAGGGAUGGCUGGCUGAACUUCAAAGAACUCCUUGCGGUUGCAUCUGCUGACCACCAGUGUGUCAAGACAAGGAGUCAAGACCCAAUGCUGAUCUAUUUUACCAGUGGAACUACAGGCUUCCCAAAAAUGGUGCUGCACUCCCACAGCAGUUACGGCAUUGGAUUUGCAGUCAGUGGCAGGUAUUGGUUGAACUUGACUCCUUCAGAUAUAUUGUGGAAUACCUCUGAUACUGGCUGGGUAAAAGCAGCUUGGAGCAGUGUUUUUUCACCAUGGAUCUGUGGAUCUUGUGUCUUUGUACACAAUAUGCCACAGUUUAAACCAGAAGUUAUUGCAGAGACUCUCUCAAGAUAUCCCAUCACCACCUUCUGCACAGCUCCCACUGCCUUCCUUAUGCUGGUCAAACAUGAUGUGAGCAGCUACAAGUUCCCGAGUCUGAAGCACUGUGUAACUGGAGGGGAAGCACUCAAUCCUGAAGUGUUGGCAAAGUGGAAAAUCCAGACAGGGGUGGAUAUCCAUGAAGGUUAUGGCCAGACUGAAACAGUGACAAUCUGUGCCAAUAUGAAAGGAAUGAAAAUUAAACCUGGCUCUUUGGGAAAAGCUGUUCCCCCUUAUGAUGUGCAGAUCGUAGAUGACCAUGGGGCUGUUGUGCCUAAAGGAGAAGAGGGCACCAUUGCCAUCCGAGUGAAACCCACACGACCCUUCUGCCUGUUCUCUGAGUACUUGGAUAAUCCAGAGAAAACUGCUGCCUCUGUGCGAGGAGAUUUUUAUGUCACCGGGGACAGAGGCGUUAUGGAUGAAGAGGGAUAUAUCCGGUUUGUUGGAAGAGCUGAUGAUAUCAUUAACUCUGCUGGGUACCGCAUUGGCCCCUUUGAGGUGGAGAGUGCAUUGAUAGAGCACCCAGCAGUCGCAGAGGUGGCUGUUGUCAGCAGUCCCGACCCAGAGCGAGGGGAGGUGGUCAAAGCCUUCAUUGUUUUAGCUCCUGCUUUUGCAUCACAUGAUCAAAAAAAAUUAAUUCAUGACCUUCAACAACAUGUCAAGAAGGUGACUGCACCAUACAAGUAUCCAAGGAAGGUGGAGUUUGUUCAGGAUCUGCCAAAGACAGCUACUGGGAAAAUCCAGAGAAAGGUUCUAAAGAACAAAGAGUGGGGAAAGGUAUAAAAAGAGCAAGAGUGAUACAGAAAACAAGGAGAAACUCUCCACCGUGUGUACCAGCCAUAACACAAGACACAGAGCAGGUUGUCAUGACCCACAGCAGAACAAGAACAUCAGGAAAAACAAACUGCAGAAGAAAAAGGAGAAAACAUUCUUGAGGAUGUGUGGUAUUGGAACCACUUUGGCCAUCGACCUACAAAUUUUCGAAGGAAGGAAGUGCAAGUGAUUCAAAGUGUGGGAUGGGAGAAAGACUCAGGUGCAUACAGAGAUCUAAUUUUUUUUUACCACAAUUUGUAUAAACAUCUUCCUUAAAAAAAUGGGUGAAACUACAAGGCUUUGAAAAUUACAAAUAAAUGAGAAAUUAAUAUGAA